CGCGGAGGCCACCCAGACCCUGCGGAGAGCGAGGCCCGGAGCGUCGCCGAGAUUUGAGGGCGCCGGAGACCGAGGGCCUGGCGGCCGAAGGAACCGCCCCAAGACGAGCCUCUGGCCCGGGGGCUGCUGGAACAUGUGCAGGGGGACACAGUUUGUUUGACAGUUGCCAGACUAUGUUUACAUUUCUGGUUCUACUCAGCCAACUGCCCACAGCUACCCUGGGGUUUCCUCAUUGCACAAGAGGUCCAAAGGCUUCUAAGCAUGCGGGAGAAGAAGUGUUUACAUCAAAAGAAGAAGCAAACUUUUUCAUACGUAGACGCCUCCUGCAUAAUAGAUUUGAUCUGGAGCUCUUCACUCCCGGCGACCUAGAACGAGAGUGCAAUGAAGAACUUUGCAAUUAUGAGGAAGCCAGAGAGAUUUUUGUGGAUGAAGAUAAAACGAUUGCAUUUUGGCAGAAAUAUUCAGCUAAAGGACCAACCACAAAAUCAGAUGGCAACAGAGAGAAAAUUGACGUUAUGGGCCUUCUGACUGGAUUAAUUGCUGCUGGAGUAUUUUUGGUUAUUUUUGGAUUACUUGGCUACUAUCUUUGUAUCACUAAGUGUAAUAGGCUACAACAUCCAUGCUCUUCAGCCGUUUAUGAAAGGGGGAGGCACACUCCCUCCAUCAUUUUCAGAAGACAUGAGGAGGCUGCCUUGUCUCCAUUGCCGCCUUCUGUGGAGGACGCAGGAUUACCUUCUUAUGAACAGGCAGUGGCACUGACCAGAAAACACAGUGUUUCACCACCACCUCCAUAUCCUGGGUACACAAAAGGAUUUAGGGUAUUUAAAAAAUCUAUGUCUCUCCCAUCUCACUGACUACCUUGCCAUCUUGGUGUAAGAAAUUUGUGUUAUUUGAUAGGCCGGGCGCGGUAGCUCAUGCCUGUAAUCCCAGUACUUUGGGAGGCCAGGAGUUCAAGACCAGCCUGGUCAACAUGGUGAAAACCGUUCUCUACUAAAAAUUCAAAAAUUAGCUAGGCAUGGUGGGGCAUGCCUGUAGUCCCAGCUACUUGGGAAGCUGAGGCAGGAGAAUUGCUCGAACCUGGGAGGCAGAGGUUGCAGUGAGCUGAGAUCACGCCACUGUACUCCAGCCUGGGUGACAGAGCAAGACUCCAUCUCAAAAAUAAAAAAAAAUAAAUAAAGAAGAAGAAGAAAGAGAAGGAGAAAUUCAUGUUGUUUGAAUGGUUUGUUCUCCCGAAACCAAAAAAGACACGACUAUCCAACUUUUUAUUACAAACUGCAAGGAAUAAAGGAAGAAUAAGUCCAUGUACUAUACCACAGAAGUUCUGUCUGCAUCUUGGAUCUGAAUUUGACCAUUAUCAGCUUGAUAAGAGAUUUUUGACUUUAUAUCCUUGCAGUUAAGAAGAAAACACUUUUUUGUAAUUUUUUUAAUAGUUCAAAAAAAAUCUUUGUUAUAAAGAGCAUAGGUAGAAUUAGUGAACUCUUUGGAUCCUUUGAACAGAUAAAGGUUGUAGAUUUCUUGUGUUGAAUAUUAAAAAAGCAAGAAUGUCCAACCAUUAAGAUUAUCCAAAGUCAGGCUGGGUGCAGUGGCUCAUGCCUGUAAUCCCAGCAAUUUGGGAGGCAGAGGUGGGUGGAUCACCUGAGGUCAGGAGUUUGAGACCAGCCUGGCCAACAUGGUGAAACCUCAU